UGGUUGCCACUGGAUUCAUCAUAUAUUGUCCGCUUGUGCCGUCACACAGCAACUGGUAAAAAGUUGAGACACUCAUCAUUUCAGUGAGGAAUGAAGGGACGAUUCAGCGGGGAAAGUGUUAAAAUCUGCAGGAAGUGAGACGUGCAGCUGUGUGAAGGGAUGGGCAAAAAAAGGCCUGCCCCGGUCUCAUCGCCUCACAUCAGAUGGGAAGCUGCGUUUUUCCUCUUUUGUGCAUCUCUCGAGCGACAAAGGGGAAGUUUCCCCUCUCCAGCCCAGUGUGUGUGUGUGUGUGUGUGUGUUCACACGCCACGCUUCCCCGCGCUGCGGGGACAGAAGACCUUUUCGAGCUCUGAUGGAUGCCUACCAGGAGGCUGUGCGUUAUCUGGGGUCAUGGCACGUGCCAGUGGAAUUCGACGCUGAUGUCUUGGAGGAGCAUGUGUUCCAGGAGGAGGCGGCGUCCGGUUGUCUCUCUCCCCUCCAGGCCGAGGGUGUAGUAGACUUCCCCGACGUCCCCAUCCAGACGCCAUGCGGCCCAGAGGAAAUGUUGGAGCGGAGGCUCGUGGUUCUGAAAGGCAUCGUGGACGGUGAGGAGGUCUAUCUCCGAGAGCUGGAGGCACUGCUGAUGCCCAUGAAGGCUCUGCGGGCCUCAGCCGGGACCUCCCAGCCAGUUCUGUCCAGUCGGCAAGUCCAGACCGUGUUCUACCAGGUGCCCGAGCUCAGAGACCUGCACCAGAGCUUCUGCUCUGGCCUGAAGGCCCGGCUGAGCGCCCACUGCCAGACGGAUCCUGGCCCGGGUGAGCAAAGACAGAUGAGCCACGCAGGCUCUGAGCUAAUGGUGGGGGACCUGUUUCUGAGAAUGGUCAACCAGAUUGGUCUGUACGGCGGUUUCAUAGAAAACUAUGAGGAGGCGGUCGCCGUCGUUGGCAAGUGCGCGCAGUCAGACCCUCGCUUCCGGACUCUGGCCGAGAGCAUGAUGUCUAACAAUGGCGAAGACAAAGCUCGGACCAAAUACACGUUUGAAGCUCUACUGUAUAAGCCUUUGGACCGAGUGACCAAGACCACGCUAGUGCUGCAUGACCUCCUGAGGACGACACCGGUGGGGCACGGGGAUCACGUGGCGCUGCAGGAAGCCCUGAGACUGUCCCGCGGCUUCCUGUCCGGCAUCAACGAGAGCUCACGGGGCAAACGAGAGGUCACGCUCAGUCACGGGAUGAAACGUCAGCUGAUGCGAGACGGCUUCGUGGUGGACGUGAGCGAGGGCGAGCGCAGCCUGCGCCACCUCUUCCUUUACACCGACCUCCUGCUGUGCACCAGAUUCAAACAUUCGACCAGAGGGAAGCCGGAUCAGUACAGGUUCUGCUGGUAUCUGCCCCUCGCCGGCCUCAAACUGCGCUGGGUCGCUGACGAGGAGCGAUCCGCCGACGCGCGCCCCCGCCUGCACACCGUCAGAGCCAAGAUGUUCCUCCUCCGACGGCAGCCACAGCAACAGGCGAAGGGAUACAGAGGCGUGACGUCAGGGGCCCGCAGCAGGAAGAAACUGGAGCAAAUGGAGCUGAUGCUGCUCACACUCUCCCCAUCCUAUAGACUGGAGCUGCACAGCCCUAGUUGCAAGAGUCACACUCUCCUCUUCUCCUCCUUGUACGAGCUUGAAGAAUGGAGAGAAGCCGUUCACAAACUCACAACAGAGAACAUAGAAACUGUCCCUCCAGACCUGCUCACUCUCACCAGUGCAUGCGUGAAACUGAGAAUGACUCAGCAGCCGCCGCUACAGAUCUCCAUCGCCGUAGAGGACAAGGAUUCAUUGUGUGGAACUCUGAAUGUGGCGAUUCACUCUGCCUGCGGCCUGCAGCGUCCAGCCUGCGUUCGCGUGUGCGUGGAGGUGGAUGGCCACGGGUUUUACGAUCAACAGGCCCAGACACACUCUUCGGUCCACAGCAUCAACCCGCACUGGCACCAGCAGGAGGUGACGCUCCAGGUGGACGGGGCUCAGAACCUGAGGCUGCUCUGUGUGAGUCAGUCGGACGGGCCGGAGGAUGCCGUCCUGGGAAAAGCUACUUUCACGCUAGAUUCUAAAUCCCUGAAUAAGCGAUGGCGGAGGCGAACUCUACAGCUUGGCCAAGUGGAGGUGACUCUGUCCAUCAAGUACAGUCCCCACCCGCUCGAAGCGCCCGGCUCCACCGCUCCACGACAGCCCGUCUUCUGUGUCCCCAUCGAAGCUGUGGCUCAAACGGAGGGAGUGCUGGUUCCCCAUGUGGUGCGGUGCUGUGUGGAGGAGGUGGAGCGGAGAGGCCUGGACGAGGUGGGAAUCUACAGGAUCUCCGGAAACGCCACUGAAAUCGCCAUGCUCAAGGCCGCGUUCAACAGCAAUCUGCGCGAAGCGGUGACCCGGCUGAGAUGCGCAGAAGUGAACGCCGUCUCCUGUGUUCUCAAGCUGUACUUCAGAGAGCUGCCCGAGCCGCUCGUACCCACUGAGCUGUUUCUGAGUCUGGCCAGGACGCUGGACAUCCAGGACGUGAACUCGAGGCUCGUCUCCAUGCUGUCCCUGCUGCACUCGUACCCGGACACCAACCGCCACACCUUCCUCUUCGUCAUGCACCACCUCCAACGAGUGGCCGAGAGGCAAGACGUCAACAAGAUGUCUCUGCUGAACCUGGCCACAGUGUUUGGUCCCAGCCUUGUGCGCCCCCCUGUGGCUGGACAGGGACACGACGGCCCCGCUGUCACCAUGUCCCGGGAGGUGGUCGUACAGGUCCAGGUGGUUUACCGCUACCUGCAGUGCAACAACCUCCCUGAAGCCCAGAUCUCUGCGUCACGUGACACAGACGCUGAAGAAAACGAUGAUGAGACCACCCACAUGUGAGACCACCCUCGGGGCCUCAGCUGGCGGGAAAUUCAAACAGUAUAUGUUGUUUUCUUUUAAAGAAAAAAAAUCUGAUCAAGAGCUCUAACAUGAUAAAUGUAUUUAUUGAUGGAAAUAUGGUCUUUUUAUAUUUCCAGCUUUUAAUAAAACUAGUACGACACAUAAACACAGUUGUCAUGUGAAA